AUGCCGGACAAGCGCGAAAUGCGAGCGAGCCUACAAGUGGCUCCGUUAACGAUAAACAAAGCCAGGAGCACAACGUCUGGUUGUAGCUCGGAGACAGCAGUUGACGUCUCGAACAUUCAGACAGAGUCCCAGGUUACCCCUCCUGCGACUCCCAGUGCCUUCCGCGAUGAUGCAACUAUGGACGUCAACGCGCCGGCUGUUUUUCACAAUUUCUUGCGUGCCUUCUACCCUUUCCAACCAGAAUCGAUCGUAACUGAUUCGACGGUGACGCUGCCACUGGAUGAGGGCGAUGUGGUCUUGGUGCAUUCUAUCCAUACCAAUGGUUGGGCUGACGGUACGCUCCUGGUGAACGGAGCGAGAGGGUGGUUGCCGACCAACUACUGUGAGGCCUAUGACCCCGAGGAGAUGAGCAGGCUGCUGAAAGCACUGCUCGAUUUCUGGGAUCUCAUGCGCAGCGCUUCCAUCAAUGACAGCGAACUGUUUGGCAAUCAGGAGUUCAUCAAGGGCAUCAUUGCUGGUGUCCGCUAUCUUUUGGAACGGACGCAAUGCCUGACAAGGGACUCGCCUGUUGUGCAAAGGCACGAGCAGCUCCGGCGAAGCCGAAAGUCUUUGCUUUCAGAGCUGUCAUCCCUGGUCAAAACAGCUAAGCGACUUCAAGAUGCACAAGGGAUUGUCACUACCGUUGAGAUCAACAGCCUUGUCGACGAAAUGAUCCUGCGGGCUUUCAAAGUGGUCAUCAAAGGUGUCAGGUUCCUGGACAUACUGGAAGACGACCGAAUGUCGCGGUUACCAGCAGUGAAUGUCCUGUCAACGCUGCCGGAAGAAGGCGGCAAUCUGUGGACUGCCCCAGCAGGUUUGGCCGUCGUCAGUGUAACCAGCAGCCACACCUUUAAUGCAGAGUCCCGCGUGAGAGAAAGCAGUGGUUACGUUGGUCGACCAGCGCGAUCUCCAUCCCGUGACGUGGCUCACAAACUUGUCUCGGAACGUCUCAACACAUGCCAUGAUAUCUUCCUCUCGCACCUUGGCUCCUUCAUUGGACGGCUUCAAUUGCAGUCACAGUCGCGGCCUAGUCUGGCCAUCGCUAUCAGGCAGUCUGCUACGUCCGGCGGCGAUCUUUUGGUGGUUGUGGACGUCGUUCGUGGUCAUUCCUCGACAAGCAUCGACGCCCUCGAGCAGGCCCGUACCGCCAUGUACGACCGAAUCCAAGAUCUUGUGCACACAGCACGUGAUAUUUUGGCCCAUCCCGGCUCAGACGUUGAUGACGACGUUAUUGUUCCUGAUGAUAACGGCCGCCUAUUGGGGGCAGCCACUGGAUGUGUCAAAGCCACUGGCGAGUGCGUCGCAAAGACGAGAUGGGUCAUUGAGCGGAUCGGUGACUUCGAGUUCGAGUUCGAAAACGGCAGCCUGGGAAUUAGCUUCGACGGCUUGGACGACUUGUCCUUCGUUACAGACUCUAAGACGAAAGACAAGCCGCAAACUACUGCUGAUGUAGGAAGCGUUCCUGAGCCGAGCGCUGCUCGAUCACCGACCACCGAAUCUCCAAAGGCUGCUUCGUGCUCGGAUACCUCUCGCUCACGUUCCACUUCGAUCGACAAGCCUCUUCCCGAGCUUCCUCAAGAAGCCGAUUCACCUGUCUCAGAAACGCCAGACGUGGCUUCUUCGCUGCCUGCAACGACGCCAUCUGUCGAUGCCAACGUUACCUGCUCUCCCAUCAGCAACAUCUCAACUGUUUCGUCCCUCCGCCCCGAUCUCCCCCAUCUUCCCAAGAUCUCUACUUCGCUGCCUCCCGAAAGUUACGACGCUGCUACUCCGUCAGCAACCCAGGACUCCGAAUUCCGCUCAUUCCGCUCUGAGAGCAUGACGGCAUCGAGCUCCGGCUCGGGCAGCACAUACCUAAGCCGUGAUUCCGAGUCUAGCAUUGUAUCCCAGACGUCGACACGGGCGACAACCCCCGACAACGCUCCGUUGCCCAAGAGCCAGCCGUCUCUGUCUGAUCUUAGCGUGACUGACAGCACAGCCCACACCGAAGAUGAGGAGGUCGAGUCGAAGCUCCUGGAGAAGACGUAUGCCCACGAAUUGGUUUUCAAUAAGGAAGGCCAGGUCACAGGCGGAUCCUUACCGGCCCUGGUCGAGCGCCUUACUGCCCACGAGUCCACACCGGAUGCCAUAUUCGUCUCGACUUUCUACCUCACCUUCCGUCUCUUCUGUACACCUGUGUCGUUUACCGAAGCACUCAUUGAUCGCUUCGAUUAUGUCGGCGAGGCUCCUCACAUCGCUCAGCCAGUUCGCCUGCGGACUUAUAACGCUUUCAAGUGUUGGUUGGAAUCGCAUUGGCGGGAGGACGCUGAUCGUGAUGCCUUGCCCUUGAUUAAGCAGUUCGCAGAGUCGAAGCUCUCCCCUGUUCUUCCCUCGGCUGGCAAACGACUCCUGGAACUGGUUCAGAAGGUAUCGGUAGCCGACGGCACCUUAGUCCCUCGUCUCGUCUCGUCCAUGGGCAAGACGACGGCCGCUAUCUCCCCUUGCAUUCCCGCUGAUGCUCCUCUCCCUCCGCCUGUACUCUCAAGGAGCCAGGCUAAUGCCUUGUCCAACUGGAAGGCUGGCGGCAACCCUCCCUCGAUUCUAGACUUUGACCCCUUGGAGAUCGCCCGUCAGUUGACUCUGAAGCAAAUGUCCCUGUUUUGCUCCAUCACUCCGGAUGAACUGCUUGGCUCCAAAUGGACAAAGAUGGGAGGCGUCGGCGCGCCAAAUGUUAAGGCCAUGUCGUCCUUCACGACUGGGCUGUCGAACUUCGUUGCAGAGUCUAUCCUUCAGUUCGAGGAAGUCAAAAAGCGUGCCCAGGUCAUCAAGCAAUGGAUCAAAAUUGCCCAUCAGUGCCACGCGCUCCGCAACUACGACGCCCUGAUGGCCAUCACCUGCGCCCUGACAGAUACUAGCAUUAAGCGGCUCAAGUUCACUUGGGACAAUGUGAGCCUUAAGCGCAAGGAGCAGCUCAAGUCUCUCCAGGCUACCGUCGACAUCAACCAGAAUUACAAGGCUCUCCGCGCUCAGCUCCACGGUCAAGUCCCUCCUUGUCUGCCAUUCUUGGGCAUGUUCCUGACGGACCUCACCUUUGUCGACGUCGGCAACCCUGCGACCAAAACAACCAACACCGGCCUCACGGUUAUCAAUUUUGACAAGCAUAUGCGCACAGCUAAAUGCAUUGGGGAACUGCAGCGCUUCCAGAUUCCAUAUCGCCUGACUGAACUCCCGGACUUGCAAGACUGGCUCACCUGGCAGGUUGAGCGCGGUCGCGAGCAGGACAAGCCGGGCUCGAAUGCCCAAGCCUCGCACUACCGCAAGAGUCUGCUUCUGGAGCCGCGCGAGGCGAUGCAAUUGCGCACACCGGUCGAUCCCACGCCCAACUCUGCUACUGGUAGCGGCAUGUUUGGCUGGAUGAGAGGAAACAGCCACCCCGCUCAUGUGUAA